GUAACGCCAUUGGCUCCGGUUGGGCCCUGUCGGUAACGCCAUUGGCUCCGGUUGGGCCCUGUCGGUAACGCCAUUGGCUCCGGUUGGGCCCUGUCGGUAACGCCAUUGCCUCCUCAGCCUCGAAGGACUGGCACCACGGGGGCCGCGAGAACAUCCUGCUCUGCACAGACUGCCGGCUGCACUUCAAGAAGUACGGGGAGCUGCCGCCCAUCGAGAAGCCGGUCGACCCACCGCCGUUUAUGUUCAAGCCCGUGAAGGAGGAGGAGGAUGGGCCCGGCGGAAAGCACAGCAUGAGGACGCGACGGAGCCGGGGCUCGAUGUCAACUCUGAGAAGUGGUCGUAAGAAACAGACUUCCAGUCCCGAUGGGAGAGCGUCACCCACAAACGAAGACCUGAGGUCCGGUGGCAGGACGUCCCCCAGUGCCGCCAGCACCUCAAGCACUGACAGCAAGACAGACUCCAUGAAGAAGCCCAUCAAGAAGAUUAAAGAAGAGGCGUCUUCCCCAAUGAAAAGUUCCAAACGGCAGCGAGAGAAAGGUGCUUCAGAUACAGAGGAGACUGAGAGGGCAACAGCAAAGAAAUCAAAGACUCAGGAGUUAAGCCGUCCAGAUUCCUUGUCGGAAGGCGAGGCCGAGGGUGAGGGUGAGAGCUCAGACAGCCGCAGCGUGAACGACGAGGGCAGCAGCGACCCCAAAGACAUCGACCAGGACAAUCGCAGCUCGUCGCCCAGCAUCCCCUCCCCGCGGGACAACGAGAGCGACUCCGACUCCUCUGCCCAGCAGCAGCUUCUGCAGGCUCAGCACCCUCCUGUCAUCCAGGCCCCGGCUGGAUCCCUGCAGGCAGCCCCCGCGCAGGCCCAGCUCCUGCAGCUCCCCCCUGUUAAUCCUUCCUCCCAGCCGGUUUUGACAUCUAACCCCCAGACCUCCAUGCCGCCUCAGCAACCCCAGGUAGCUCCGCACUCCCUGAUCCAGGCCGGCCCCCCCCUGCGCCCACAGAGGCUGUCCUCCCCUGAUUCGCCGCUGCAGGGCCUGUCUCAGGGCUCUUCCCUGUGUCAGCCAGGUCUACAGCCUAUCCAGGCACCACUGCACAGCCAGCUGCAGUCCAUGCCGCACCCACUGCAGCCUGGUCCCUCCCAUUUGCCUCACCCACUGCCCCCCCAGUCCUUCCCCUUGUCCUCUCAGUCGCAGGUUCCUCCCCAGCUGCCCCCAGCCCUCCCCGGCCAGCCUCCCAUCACAGGGCAUUCUCAGCAGCUCUCUCCGCACAUGCUGCAUUCCCAGGCGCAGUGCUCCGCGCCGGGCCCAGCCCAGCCCCCCCGAGAGCAGCCGCUGCCGCCGACGCCCAUGUCCAUGCCUCACAUCAAGCCUCCCCCAACCACUCCCAUCCCGCAGAUCUCCACCCCACAAUCCCAUAAGCACCCUCCAAACCUGUCUGCACCGCCUUUCCCGCAGAUGCCCUCAAAUCUCCCCCCGCCGCCAGCCCUCAAGCCCCUCAGCUCGCUGUCUACGCACCACCCGCCGUCAAGCCACCCACCGCCGCUGCAGCUCAUGUCCCAGAGCCAGCAGCUGCAGCCCCCUGCUGCUCAACCCCCUGUGCUCACACAGUCCCAAAGUCUAUCCUCCAGCAGCCUCCCCCCUCCCCCGGUUCCUCCUCUGCCUUCCUCAGCAUCCUCCACCUACCCUAUCCCCUCUCAGCCUACCUUCUCCACACACCCCUUCAUCCCCGGUGGGCCGCCUUCCUCCGCUCCUCCCUCUUCCUCGGCUUCCAUGCCCAGCCUGCAGCCCCCACCGUCGUCUUUGGCCACGCCUCUGUCGGGCAGCUCGUCUGCGGGGGCCCCUCCCGUGCAGAUCAAGGAGGAACCGCUUGAUGAGUCAGAAGAGCCCGAUAGCCCACCGCCUCCACCACGGAGUCCCUCCCCCGAGCCCACCGUCGUCAACACGCCCAGCCACGCCAGUCAGUCAGCACGGUUCUACAAACACCUGGACAGAGGGUAUAACUCCUGUGCCAGGACAGACUGCUACUUCACUCCCCUGGCUGCUUCCAAGCUGGCCAAGAAGAGGGAGGAGACGCUGGAGAAGGCCAAGCGAGAGGCAGAACAGAAAGCUCGAGAGGAAAAGGAGCGAGAGAAGGAGCGGGAGAAGGAAAAGGAGCGAGAGAGGGAACGGGAGCGCGAGCGGGAAGACAGAGUGGCGGUAAGACACGUUUACAUACCAACUUAGGAGGUUUCUCUAGCUCAUUGUGACGGAA